AUGUCGUCCGCUAGCGACUCCCCAUUUACCACGCCCAAUUUCGAUUCCACCAUUUUCAGCCCUUCGGAGUCACAAUCAGAGGAGCGCACAGAUGCUCGAACGGGUUCCCUUGAAGUAGUGCCCAAGGUGGAGGAGACGGAACUUCAACUAGCCGAUGUCAAGGAAGAGGCAUCUCCGGAAGACACACCCAUUUCCCCGACCGAACCCGUACGGAUACGUCGCGCGCGUGGCCGGCCAAGGAUACACCCCCCUCGCUCACCCACCACUCUUGCUAAGCAAGCCAAAGCCCGAUCCAAAACUGGAUGUACAACAUGUCGGAAAAGGAAGAAGAAGUGUGACGAGACCAAGCCGUUCUGUAAUCGUCUGUCGUGUCAGAAGAACAACAUCCAUUGCGAAGGGUACAAGCCCGUUGAAAUUUGGAAGAGUGGAAAGGAACGGGCCGCAGAAGCUCGGAAGCGAAGUCAGGAUGUCAAAUUUGACCUUCCGCCUCUCAUGGAAGGUGUUGAGAAUGAUCUUGACCGCCAACUCUUGCAACAUUUCUCUAGCAGAGCGAGUGCUGUCUUGACCUUACAUGGGGACAAGUCGUCGAAUCCCUUCACCAAAAUCCUGCUGCCCAUGGCUCUUCAACACGAAGGCCUAAUGCACUCAGUGCUGUGUCUUUCAGCUUCUCAUAUGUACUCCGUCAACCCGUUACAAGAGUACGAGGACAGACAGGUCUUUCACCGCGGCAAGGCUCUGCAGCUGCUGAAGCAUGACAUCGAACGACAGAAAGCUGGCGAAGGUGGUGUCAUGGUUUACGAGGACUCUAACGUUGCCCAGAUACUACUGCAUCUUCUACAUUCUAUCUGUGAUGGUAACACCUCCGGCGAGUACAGAAUGCACAUGAUUGCCGCAAAACAGAUCGCCAUGACCCAGAAGUCUUCGAACCCGGAGUUCCAGACCCUUUUCGACGAGUUCUUCUACUACCAUUGGAUCGCUAGUCAGAUCACGUCCCUUGACGGUACCGAGGUUCCCAUGAUGGACGAUUUCAAUCUUCCCUUCAAGAUCAGCCCGGAGACUGCGGGAUUGAUUGGCAUAUCUGAUGGACUAUUUGGUUUCAUCUCUAAGAUCAGCAAUCUGCGACGCAAGAUACGUAGUCGCAUCGACGAAAAGCAGGAGCCCGUCAUGGACUAUGAAGCGUUGCUUGCCGCCCACGCCAUCGACACUGGCCUUCGUGGAUGGGUAUGUCCCCAUACACCCGGAUCUCCGCGCUAUACCAUUUCUAUGCUUUAUCGUCAAGCAACGUGGGUCUAUCUCUAUCGCACCACAAAAGACUCGAAACCACAUCCAUUCAUCAAGAGUGCUGUCGACGACGGCAUUCGCUACAUCAACGAACUACCGGCGGAAGGUUGGGUGCAAAGUAACGUUUUGCUUCCAUUGUUCCUCAUUGGGUGCGCUGCAUUCGAAGAGGAACAGCGUGUGGAGAUUGACAGAGCGUUCACCGGCCUAAUUGCCUGUACCGGCCUAGGCAACAUCGGCUUUGCGAAAGAGGUCGUCGACGAGGUUUGGUCCAGGAUGGACAAGGGGGACAAAGACUCAUGGGAUUGGGAAAAAAUUAUCCAUGCUCGUGGGUGGGAUUUCCUCGCUACGUGA